GCUAAAAAACGGCCCAAAAAUUUCUACAUCGUUCACAAUUUCCUUCCCCCCCUUCUCCAAUUUUGCUCCGAUUUCGCCAUUCUCAUGGUUUCCCCAUGACUUUGACGUAAGUCCCGCCCUCCGCCGCCGUCUGAUCGUUUCUUCUCAACGUCGACGGCGAUGUCGCCCGGAAUCAUCCCCAUCAAUAUCAACGAUUUCACCUACUGGCUGUCGGAGCAUCCCGCCAUCGUCGGGUUCCGUUGGAGCCACACCCAUUCAUGGGGUUCCACUUGGUCUUUCCUCUUCUCUUCCAUCGCCUUUUACCUCGCCUUCUCCACCGCCGUCCAUCUCUUCCUCAGCCUCCUCCUCCGCCCCGGCCGCCCUGUUCCUCUCGGUCCCAUUCCAGCCAUCCAUUGCCUGUCCAUGGCCCUAAUCUCCACUCUAAUCUCCGCCGGCAUCCUCCUCUCCUCCGCUGCCGAGAUCCGCGACACCCGGUGGUUUUGGCGCCGUUCCAAAACCCCGUUCCAAUGGCUCCUCUGUUUCCCCUUAGGAACUCGUCCUUCAGGACGCGUCUUCUUCUGGUCCUACAUCUAUUAUUUGUCGCGAUUCUUCCAUAUGUUUCGAACAAUCUUCACCAUUCUUCGCCGACGGAGACUCUCCUUCUUCCAGCUUUUCAACCACUCGAUCUCCACGUUUAUGUCGUUCCUGUGGCUUGAAUUUUCUCAGUCGUUUCAGGUUCUGGCGAUUCUAUCGACUUCGGUGGUGUACGCAGUGGUUUAUGGGUACAGAUUCUGGACCGCGAUUGGAUUACGAAGGGCUUGUUUCCCUUUUGUGGUGAAUUGUCAAUUCGUUCUAUUGGGUUGUAAUUUAGCCUGCCAUGUGGGAGUUUUGUUGCUUCAUUUCAUGAAAGGUGGAUGCAAUGGAAUUGGGGCUUGGAGUUUGAAUUCUGUUCUCAAUGGAGCUAUUUUACUGCUUUUCUUGAACUUCUAUCUCAAAAUUCAUCUGGGGAAAACAGAGGAUUCCAUGAAGAUCAUCAAACCCCACCAACCCUGUUAUGGGAAUUUAGAGAAUCAAUCUCUGGGAAGAGUGUCUGAACCUGAGAAUUUCAAAGAUAAGUAUCAUUAAUUGAUUGAUCGAAUCUGUCUUUUGGGGAAUGGUAACUGAAAUCCCACUUCUAAUUUUGGAUUUUACAAAGGAAUUGGUAGUGGAAUUUGAUGAAUGUAGAGGGUGAGAAAGAAAGAAUUUGGUGUUGUUGGUGCCUGUUUGGAAGCUAAGAAAAAUUAUGAAAUUUUGGUAUUGUAAAGAAGUAAGUAAAUAUAUAAUGUAAUGUAAUGUAUAUUAUUACAAAAAUUUUAAACGUAUAUGUGUUGUAUAGGGUUUAUGGCUAAGGAAAAGUGUAAUGUUUAGGAGAUACCAGCUCCAGAUUAGGGUUCGAAUGAUGGGAACAAUAAAAUGAAUUCUUAUCUCACAAUAAAAAUGUUCCUUUUCAACUUUGAAAUUGA